AAAUUUCAUGAGAACCGACUCCACAAGACAUCAUUUUCGAUCAUCAACUUAAUCAAGGCUUGCUAUCCGCAUAACCGGUACCAUCAAGAGAACAAGAUAAUAUCAUCGGAAAUCCCGCGAUGGCGAGCUAUCAACCGGUUUUUUUCCCAUUCACUGAAGCCGAUGACGAUGGCCGACUUCUCGACAACACAUACUCGGACGGAUGGAUGGCUAGCUACCGGAAUCGACGUCGACGGUGCCGCCCUGAACUGAAGAAAGUGAAGGAACACUGCGAUCGAUGGAUGGAAGACUGGGAAGCAGGCCGGACUCCGAAACUGCCCCAGGACGAACGGGAGCCGGAGCCGUCGAAUGGAAUGAUGGGGGGCCAUGAUGGUCAGGAGGCCGAGGACGGCGGGGGCUGGACGGUGGUCUCCCGAGGAGGAAAGCACGGCCGCUCGGCAACAGCAACCACCAUGACGACGAUCUCUAGCCAGCCUCAACAGAAAGCUCGUGGGGCUGAUCCAUACGCCCAGUCCUCAAUGGCCGACAGGGAUGCUUCCGCGGCCGUCAAAGUCAUGAAACGCAAAUUCGCAAAAACCCAGGCUAUCAAUAAUCUCAAAUCUAGUGACGAGGAACCUUCGCAAAACUCAUUCUACUCCACAAAACGCGCCGACACCCGGAAGAGGAAAAAGCUAUUCUGAGCCUCAAGCAACAUCGCUGCGCAAGGGUCAGACUAGGGGACUGGACUGUAUUCGCUUUCCCAAGAUCCUUGUGUACCUUUCAGCUCCUCAAAAUAACAGCGCCAUCGACCAUCCGACCUACCGGCCACCCGUCUCACUUCUUUUUUUCGGACACAAAAAUAGAUUUAUCGACCCUCCAUUCUAAGCCGAAGCGUCAAAGACAUCUUGUAAAUUUUCGACGCCAACUAACGAAUCGUCUCAUGAUCUUCUCAAAAAAAGGGCAAACCAUCCUUCAAGCGUGCCUUGAUUUGUAGAUCGUCGAUGGCCGUUGCCCAUAUGAUGAUCACCCUGGUGCUAGCUUGAAAACUCAGAUCAUUAAUUCAAUCACGGAAAGAUAGAAACCUGAAGAUGAUAAUAGAAACAAUGUGAAAUAUUUGAACAGAAGAAUUGCCUCGGACAGAUUGAUAGGGCCAUUCUAAUGUGAUGAUCAUAUACCAAUCUUUUUUUCUCAAGAUUUUCAUAAGCGUUUUUCAAUCACUAGUCAUUGUCUGAUUUCAAAAGGUCCAGCCGUGGGGGUUUGUUUUUUGAGCAUGGGACACACCAAAAAGUUAGUG